CUGCAUUCUUUCACCCGGGGCAUAGUGAGUAGGCCUCACACAGUGAAUCCCCUUCUGCUGUCCCUGCUCUAUUAUGGAAGGGUUUUGUCAAGAUCCGAGCACACUCCAUUAUGCUCCUCUCGUGCGAUGGCAUCUACUUCUGGUGGCCACCGUCAUGCUCAUCGCAGCAGGUGUGUUUGGCGCGUACACGUAGAUAUCAUCACCCUGUACGUGUCGCUCCCUGUUUCUUCAGGUGUAGCACCCUCGUGCGGCCCACGAGGAGGGCCGUCCUCGUGGGCCGCCCCGCUUUGGCUGGGGCUUUCGAGGGCUAUGUUUUGUGUGUGUGAUGUGUGGGGCAUCCAUCGAUGGCAACACAUCAGGACGCACACAUGAUGCAUUGCUCUCCCUUUCGUCAGAGAGGGGGGCCUCGUGUCCCAUCCAAUCGCGUCCAGUGGCCCCUUCUCGUCCUGUCCAGACCACGCGCCCCGCUCCACGGCCGCAGCCAGCACCCUGGCCUCAGCCGAGCCGCCCGUCGGGCCAGAUCAGGCCUGACCUCGCCAGCCGAGCAGAGGACGUGGCAAGGUGACAAACACAGACAGACACACGAUGGAUGAUCGAUGGCAUGUGUAGUGUGUGAGCCAUGUGCAUCUGAAUAUGUGUCACCAACCACGUAGGCAAUGGGACCGUGGUGCCCGUCCUGCUCAGCCAAUCGCAGCUCGCCCGAGGCCUCCAGCUGUGGGCCGUCCAGAUGUGCGACCCCGGCCAGUUGCAUUCAGACCGCGACCAGCGGUGGGUAUGUCAACAGGCAGAGAUACAUACAUACAUAGAUGGCAUUGUGUUUAAUGUGUGUGGCUGCAUGCUGUUGUCGCCCACACACGUAUGUGUCUGUAUACUGAUUGAAUCAGUCAUUCCGGCCCGGUGUGGGGCGUGCGCUGGUGCGUCCUCGAUUGGCGGUGGCGCGCCGUCCUCGCCGGCCAGAAGGGGGGUUUAUGUGCCCCGGCGCGUGCCUGUGAGGCCGCCAAUCUGCAGGAGAUGGCCGGUGCCGCCCGGUAGGUAGGUGGAUGUAAGCAACACAUCAGAUGCGUGUACACACAUUGAUCGUGAGGUGUGUCUGUUUGUCUGUCACACUGAUUGCCAUCCAUUCAUCCAUCCAUCCAUCAGGCCUGUGGCGACCGUCCUUUACGCACAGGCCCAGGUUUUGGCGCUUUCCUCGGUGGCGGUACCCGAUUUCAACUAUCCUGCCUGCUGGUGUGCCUGUUAGUGUUGGUGUUGGCGUUGGAGUUGUGUUGCUGUUGGUGAUGAUGAUGAUAGGGGGUCGGUAGACAGACACUUUCUGGGUGGGUUGGGUCGGUGGGCUCAUCCAUGACACACACAUACACUGACCGUCCGUGUGAUGUGUGCUGUUCUUGCUUGUGUGUGUGUGUGUGUGUGUGCGUAGGUUGAUUCCUGGUGAGGGGGAAGUGGUGGAUGUGCCUGGGCUGGAUGGUGCUGAAAGAAAGCUGCAGUACUACAAUGGGACAUAUUUCUAUACCGCUGGUAUGCAGGCGAACAUAGAGACAGACAGACAGACAGACAGAUUCAUGAGCAUGCGUAUGCCUCUGUGUUGUACGCGCUGCAUGCAUCAUCAGGCAAUCUGACCUAUUUCUUUGUGUCUGGCGACACUACCGACACAACAGGCGGCGAAGACACACAGCCACCAACAGAGUAGCCGACACAAUAGAGAACCAGAAGCCGCACCCGCACACACUCUCUCAUUUCAUCUGCUUGUCAGCGACGAGCAGUGUGGUAAUGUGGGUGCUGCGGAGGGGGAGGUUCUAUUGUGCACAGAGAUGUUAUCAUAUUUUCACCCCUGCAAGCACACAGGUACGUCCGCAGCUGUUGCACAGAGAUGUGUAUCAUAUUUGAACUCCUGCAAGCAUACACGUACGUGCGCAGCUGUGCAUACAGAGGGAGUUAUAAGAUACACCCCCUGCAGGUCCACGCGUAUGUGCGCAGCUGUGUGCGCACGUGCGCACACAAACAUUCAUCAGAUAUACCCCCUGCAAGUUCACGCGUAGGUGUGCAACUGUCUGUGCAGAGAUGUGUAUCAUAUUUUUACCGCUGCAAGCAUAGACGUCGUGCGCAGCUGUGCGCAUAGAAACAUUCAUGAGAUACAUCCCCUGCAAGUCCACGCGUACGUGCGCAGGUGCGCGUACAGAGAUGUGUAUCGUAUUCUCACUCCCGCAAGUCUACGCGUAAGGGCUCACUCACAAACGCCUCAGGCCACUAUAGGUAGAUAAGCUUGCUAGCUGGUAGUGUUCUGGGUGUGUCUGUUGUGCAGGAAGUACCGUCUCAUCAAACAGCAUAUCACAUGACAGAUGCGGCAGAUACAUCAGGUCCUUGGUCGCUGGGUCGUAUCCGAGUAGAAUGUCAAUUUAUGUGCGAGGGUCCAUCUUACCAAUCCUCUCCUUUCUCUGGUUGAUAUCUGCCUUGCAGCCGAAGGUGCGGAUAUGGCUGACGUCAGGCAGAUAGCUGACGAAGAGCUCAUGUGGUGUCUUCAUCCCUUCAUUGGCUGCUGUUGGCGUUCGCUUCUUUAUGUACAUCGCUGUGGCUGUUGCGUAACACCAAUAAGAUGCAGGUAGGCCGGCAGUAAAAAGAAGUGUACGCGCCAUAGCACAGAUCACGUCAAUAGCUCGCUCCACCACUCUAUUCUGAAACUGCUGUCUGUCACUCUAUUCUGGGGACGACGGCCCCCGCCGCCGUGGACAGAGAGAAGCGGCCCAGCGCAUGGACACACGGACAAUCUUACCCUUAACCACCACCGAGAGAAGCGGCACUCACACCGCUCGUCGCUGCCCCGCCUCUUUUCCUUCGCGUUCGUGUUGAGGGCUCACGUGCGGCUAAUGCAUGGGCUUGCACUGGUUUGCAGAUAGCGGGCAAUAUAAUAUAUGUGUAGAGCCGUUGCCGGGGUUUCGUCAAGGGCCGGAUGGGCGCCCCUACCGGCCGUCUGUUAGAGAGACGUGCAUGCGAUGUUGCGUGUCUACCAUAUAUGCGGCCGUCUCUUGCAGCGCCUUUGCAGAUCUGCCAGUUUGCUUCUGCUCCUUGCGUGUUGCGUGUUCCGUGUUGCGUGCUGCAUGUUGCGUGCUGCGCGUUGCGUGUGCGUGUUUGGACGGGCAUAGGACCAGGCUAUCGGGUCGCCUAGGGCAUUCUGUAAAACCGCUAUACACUCAAUUCUGGGACUCAUGAUAUGGCAAACUCCUCUCUUGUCAUAUCUGGUGUGUCUCGCAGAACUCCUUCUACUUGCCCUUGAUCAGCUCCGCCCAUCCAUCCGUCCUCACUGCCUUGGGCAUGCGAACUGUAGUGCAGUAGUGGAUGACUGCUGCAGGGCUUCCGAUUUCUUCUUGAGAAAGUCUGCAACCACCUUGAUGUAUCAUCGACUACCACCAUUAAGUACCUGUGUCCUCUCUCGCUGGGCUGCUUGAUCUGCAACAGGUUGGAUGAGAUCACCAGCAUGCUCAUAUCGAUAUGCAUCUCCAGCAUAUGGCAGCCGUAUCAUCUUGGCUUUCAUACAUACUUCACACUUGACGUCUCCAUGUUGUUCUCCUUUGCCGUUGGUGCGUAUCUUGUUCUUCAGGUAGCUUCUUGAGGUACGCCUCGUUGAUUUGGGCGAAUCGCUGAUGCAGCGGAUGUUAUGUGAUGACUUCGACGACCAACACAUCUGUUGCCAUCACAUCGGUCGGUUUUUCGUUGUCGUUGUCCACCAAUGGUGUCUGUGACUGCUUCAUAACGUCAACUAGUCGCUCAUCGGUCGCAUUUGGACAAUCAGAUGGGUCCUAAUAGAUGUUGAGGUGCCAGAACCGCCUUUGUCUUAUUGAAGAGCUGCUCUUUAAAAGAACAUGAUCGCGCCGCUCCGGUGUCUACCGUCAUUGCCGUAGGUGAGGAUGAACAGACACCAUUCAUAUCCACCCCUCAUCUACCAAUGCUUCUAUUUCGACUGCUCCAAUCAUCGGCAAAGUCUUCAUUGCUCUGUUGUUUCUGUUCUUCUUCAUCGUAGAUGUCGAGCUGGUUGGCGUGUUGGCAAGAAGAGCAUCAAUCAUUCCAUCUAUCGUUCACUCGGGCUCGUGUGGUAUUCAUGAUGAUGUCGCGAUCCUUGUUUCGACGCUUUGUUGAGCGCCAUGCUUGCUUCUGUUGUCCUCCUCCCUCCUCCUGCCCACCAGCAUUCCAGGUGCGCUCAGGAGGUUGUACAUAGCUAGACGAGGCAGACGGCCAGUAAUUAUUGCUCUGUCUGUUAGUGUUGUUCCACUGAUUUCUCCAUCCAGUCACGUUGUUGUUCUUGUUUGUGAUGUUGUGUCUGUUGUCAGGCCGUCUGUCAAUCCAUCCUUUUCUCUCGUCAUCAUGCUGGUCACGCUGGUCUUAACGCUCAUGUUGUCUGCCGGAUGGACGGCCCCUCUGGUAAUGUUGGCGGUCUCACUGCUCUCUUCUCAGCUGUUUCAUGCGGUAAUUCGCGUUGCGCAGGGCUUCUCCAAAUUGAGGCCAGCUGAGUGAUUCACCACGAUACGCGCGAAAUGCUGAUUCAUACGCUAUGGCUGCCUUGAACAUGUCGAAUCUCUCAAGCAAUGCCGACAGCAUGACGGCAACCAUCGUCUCGUCUGGCACUAUCGAUUCGACUUCAUGUAGCUGGGCGACGAGACAAUUGAAGUCGCCAAUAGGCCUAUGCUUUAUUCUCGCCGUGCUUCUGAUGUGCUUCUUGAAUCAAUCGCUUGGCCUUGUCUGGUGUCUGCAGGGCGAGAAAGCCGAACAGCCAUCGAAGGUUCUUGGCAUUAGAGCUGUCCUGUUCUAUCAUGAGUGGCUGUCCGUGUUGGUUCAUCACGCGCUGAUUGCUCUCAUCCACUUACGGCACGAGUAUCUUCAUCGGCGGACGUCUUCAUCCUUGGUAGGUAGAUAGACCUUCACGUCCAUCUCUCUUGCUGCUAAGUAGGCUCUCAAAGUGAAAUCCCAUUCGCGCCACUUAAUGUCAUUCUCACCACUCCUGCCGGUAAAGAGGGGGAAAGUGGCUUUCGUCUCGAGAUUGAGUGACGUUAUCUCCGCUCUUUGCUUUGUUGUUCUCUUUCUUCAGAUACUGCUGAUAGUUGACUGCUGCUGAUGAUGCUGCGAGACACUGAUAGACCUGUUAGGAUCUGUCAGUCAAUUGGCGAGGGCUUCUGCUCAGAUGAAUAAGAACUUAGUUGCUGCGCCCAUGUACGAAAAGGCCGAUGAGUGCCUCUUCUAUAAUAAACUGUAUAGAGGAUCUGUUGGGCGGUAAGUCCCAGAGUCAGAGUGCUUUCACUUCACACAGGCCGAGAGACUGGCCAUUUAGUCUAUAGUCUUUUUUGUAUAUGUAUGGCUCUAUGAGGCCUUGUCAACACAGAUCUGUAUUCGGUGAUGGCUCAUAGGAUCGUCUGCACUGCCUGCCUGCGUGUAUAUGGGAUAUGCAUCUGCUAGCUAGAACUUCUAGCUUAGCUCACAAGCUCGCACUCGCUGAGGAGGUUCGUCUUUGCUUCCUGAAAAAGGAUGAAUGCGAUGGAGGAGGACGAGGAUGGCUAGUGAACAACUGCUGCGGAUGGGUAGCACAAUCUACUCCAGGCUCGCACGCGACAAGCCUUUCCGCCUUUAUUUGUGCCUCUGUCGACUUCCCAGCAUCCCUCUCGGCUCCCUCGUCACCCCUCUGGCAAGCAUCUGCCCAUCCGUCCCUGCUUCAACAUCCCUCUCUCACUUCAUGAUGAGCAACUUCUCUCAGAAGGAGGCUGGGGAGAAGAAGGGUGGCGAGAGUGCAAAAGCCACAAAGUCGGACCUCGCUGAGAUGCAAAAGAAGGAAAUCGUGCCUAUCGUCAUCGGCAAACACACCACGAAAGGGGAUAUUGUGCUACUGGUUGAUAUAGACGAUGAGAACAACACUCAUGUAUUACUCAGCUGUCCACAUGGUGGUGAAGAGGAUUUCAACUUCUACCCCCUCACGUGGCAUGAACUUGCUGUUUUUAUUCAAGACGGCAGUUUCAUCCCUAACGAGGACAAGGAAGCCCCUUUCCUUAGCUUCCUCAGGAGAGCUGGAAGAUAGAGGAGGGGAUAUUGCGUGCCUCAUGCGUGCGUGUCUGUUUUUGUAGAUAGAUGAUUAUACACUGACUGAUGGACGGACACAAGUGAGAGCUUUGUGUACUCAUAGACAGACGCAGGCUACUUCUUUUGCGUAUGAGCCUCGUGUGCAUGUAGAUGGGCAUGUGAGUGAUAUUCAAUGGGGGGAAAGGGGCAUGCUUCUCAUGCUUUUCUAUGUGUUCGUAGAUGGUGCCUCUCUUUUUGUGCUCGCUUCAUGCGUGGUUUGCGUGGUGUGGACGAGGGAGGGGAAGACACAUACUGCUUUCCUGCUCUCGUUGUCCGAACGCAAAAGGGGAACUCACUGCAUGGGGAGAGGAGAUUUUAGCGCGUGGCGUGUAUGAUGCCUGUCUUUCUUGUGCUCGCUCAUGCGUGCUUUGCGUGGCGUGGACGAGAGAAGGGGAAGAUACAUAUUACUUUUCCUGCUCUCGCUGCAUGGACGCAAAGCGGAACACAUUGCGUAUGCAUGGAUAUGCGGAUGGACAAGUGGGUGAGGUGUGGACAGGCGUGACUGAUGCGUAGAUGCAUACGUGUGUUUGAAGCGGGCAGGCGAAGUGCGUGCGCGGACAGAUGAAGGGCGGGCAGGCGGGUGCAUGUGUGGAUGGAUGUGAGGGCGGGCAGGCAGGAGCAGACGAUGCUUAGAUGCGUGCGUGUGCUUGUUUAGUGGGUAAGGGCGGGCAGGCGGAGUGCGUGUGCGGACGGG